GUCAGCUCCUGGAACGGAAUGUUGCUUUUUUCUCAUUGCCUUUGUUUGAACCUGUCCAUCCCGCCCAAUUCUCUCGACCUGACACAUACAGAAACGACCAGAGCAGCAACAUCAUUCAUCACCGUCUAGACGUAUUGAUCCUCUCUGCACAUCUUUCUGUCUGUCUCCCGGUACUCCUCUCGUCGAGCCGGACCUUCGACUCGCUUCUAUCUGCCCAGACCUACGAAGUACGUCGACCCGUGCUCCACUGUGGACCUUCUGUAAAGGCGGUAGAAAAAACCGACCUUAUCACCACCGAACGUACCCCUCCCAGCUACGGCUGCAACGUACGCUGAACGACAAAGACAAGGUCUACACUGUGAAAACAACUUUAGGAGAUUUGCAGUCUCUCACCGGACUGUUUGAUCGAUUGUGUCCAGCUCCACGAGACAAAGGAGCCAAGAAGAAAGAGAAAAAAAACCACACCACACUUAAUCAUCGAUCGGAUGGACGGCCCUACGCAGUCCAACAAAAACAUGAGCUCAGAACCGGCCGAGCAGCUCCUCGAUGCCUUCAAGGCCGCCGCCCUUUCGGUGACGAGGUUAUACAAGAACUCGACCGCCGCUAACGCAAAGGCCCGGUCCGACGGCUACCAGGACUGUCUCGAUGACCUGCUUGCCUUCCUUGAUAAGGAGAGCAUUGGCCUUGGCGAUGGCGAGGGCUGGAAGAUCCGCCAGUGGGCUACAGAGCGGCUGGAGGGAGGCGGCGGUGACACUGGUGGCAACGGAGCCCAGCAGUCAAUGGAGAGCGAGGACGAUGCCGACAAGGCCGAUUCAGCUUCAUCGCCCGAGAUGCAGCGUUCCACCGUCUUGACGCCAACUUUCGCCCCCGUGGUGACUCCCGCGGUUUCGAGGACAGAUUCUGCACCGCCAUCUAUAACGAACUCGAUAGCAUUACCACCGAGGACAACGACAUCGACGCCUGCGGCAUCGGAACAGAUGCCUUCUUACUCGACGACGCUUCCUACGCAAGACACGUUUACGUUUCAAUCGACUGUUCCCUACCCGCAGGAACCAAACCUAAAUAUCGAAUCACUGGACUUGUCCGACGCUAGAACCCACGAGGGCAACGGUCAACCGCCAAUCUUUCCCCCGCAACAGCAAACAUCAGUAAUGUCACCGGCGCUGGCCGCCUCGAGGACGUCGAGGGGUCGACACGGCAGCAGCACGACCAGGCCAGGAGGAAGGAGUCGGCUAGGCAAAGGAGCCGGCCAGAAGCGGAGGAUCGGCGACGACCUGGCAGACAUCUUUAACAUUGGAAGUCUGGGGUACAACGGCAAGGAUUUUUUCGGCGGCUCGAAGAGGAGUAGGCUCAACUAAAGCCUGCUAGUGGUGGAAACACCUAACAAGGGAAAGGGUAAAGGGAAACACACACGGGGACUGAUGACAUAUAUCAUGUUACGGCGCUACUUGCACGACGGGGAAGCAUACUCGCCUGUCAAAUUUGGGAGGAGUCGGGGCUGGGUCUGGCGCAUAUCAUGGGGAGUUCUUAUCGAGGUCUUUGUAACUUUUUUUUUUCCUCUCUUUACUUUUUUCUUCACGGGAUGGGGUUGGGCAUUGAUGUACAGCGGUCAGCCCUUCUUUUUUCAAGUUCUGGCUUUUGGUGGUUCUUUUUAUUACGAUAUUCGAACGGCGUAGGGAUUAACGAUUCAAGGGGGGGAGAGUUACAGUGGGAAACCGGUCGCCUUCUCCCCCGACGCAAGCCAGCUGGGGUUUGUUUUCCUUUGUUUGAAUAUCUUUGGGGAGGGGCAUAGACGACGGGACUACUUUUCGAUGAGCCACUUAUACCAAUAGCAUAGGACAACAAACCACACAGGCAAUGUCAGCACAUGCCUGUGAGUUGGAUCCAUGUUCGCUCUGAUGGAGAUAAUGUCUUGACGUGAUGCAACUUUUUUUGGUAAGGGCUAAACUCACAGCUACUAUGGAUAUAACUGGUUUUGUGUGAGUCAGUG